AUGCAAAACGGAACAAUGGAAUAUUUGGGAAACGAAUCAUUUUCGAUGGUUCAAAUUAUUUUAAUUUUGAGAAGACAAUCUUUUUAUUAUGUUUUUAAUUUAGUUUUUCCAACAACUUUGGUAUCGCUUGUUGCUGUUAUUGGUUUUCAUGCUCCGAUAAAUGCUACUGGAAGAAGGGAAAGUAAAUUUCGUUUAGGUGUUAUGACUUUGUUGAGUUUAUCAGUUAUGUUAUUAAUGCUUGUUGAUGAAAUGAAAUUUGCUCUUGAAUCAAUUCCUGGUCAAAGAGGGUCAUUUUCUGAUGUUCCUUUAAUUGGUAUUUAUUACAUGUCUUUAAUUUUAACAAUUUCUGUUGCUACCUGUACCUCUUCUGUUUUUGUUCAUUUAGAGAAAUAUGGCCUUAGAAAUUCUGGAUUUGCUUCCAUUCCCAACUUUCUACGAUUUUUAUCGGCAGAAAAAUUAUUUUGUUGUUAUGUACCUCGAAAAGUUAGACUAAAUAAAGGUGAAAGAAUUAAAAGAAAUAAGUUAAAUUUUACUGAAUUUCAAAAAAGAGAAGCUAAACAACAACAAUCAACAACUAAUUUAGGAGAAAAUUCUAUAGAUCCAAUGAUUGUUAGUUCUACAUCUACAGCACCUUUAUUGUUAUUGGGUAGUGGGGGAGUAAGUGGUGGAAUUAAUGAAGGAGGAUCUAGUAAUUGUACAUUAUUAGAAAAUCAAAGGCUGGAUUGUAAAUUAGAUUUACUUAUUUCACUUUUAAGAGAAUUAUUAGAGAUUCGUCGAGAAUUAAAAACUAAAGGUCAUUUACCAAUUUAUUGGGAACGAGUAAUUAACAGAUUGGAAUAUUGUAGUCUUUGGUUUUAUCUUUCAAUACUUGCUUUGAAUCUUUUUCUUUUUAUGUACCCAGAACUUUGGUAUUAA